AUGGCCCCCCUUGCAAAGAAGCGACGCCGAGGGCUUGUUGGCGUAACAUUUUACGAUGCUGAUGACGACGACGACAACGACGACAACGAGACUCCCAGACGUCGAACACAAGGGUCUCUCCAUCAGCACACAUCGUUCGCAACCACCGCCACAGGGAUAUCCACUCGAACAUCCCGCAUCUCUGCGGCAGAUCCCUCCGCCGCUGACACGAACCCUGUACCUCCGGUCUCUGCCCAGCAGGCAGACGCGAUCCUGGACGAUGUCCUCGAGCUUCCUGUGCCAGGCCCGGCAUCCAAUCCAGACUGGGAGAGGGAACUCGGUGAAGAUGACGCACAUGGCGCGUUGUCGCCUGAAUUCUUCACAGAUAUUGGCGAGUAUCUAGAAGCUACCAAAACCCGAAGGCGCACAGCUAGCGACUAUCCUCUACUUGAAUGGUCUAGGAACUGCGUCGACGAAUGGCUCGCUGAGCUUCUUCGUCACGAGGGACGCGGUGAUUUUGCGUACGACACUUGUGCUGGAUGCGACGCAGGGGAACUGCAACUCUAUCGCUGCGAUGAUUGUUGGGAUCCACGGUUCUACUGCCAAGAUUGCACCCUUACUCGCCAUCGUCGCAACCCGUUUCAUCGACUCAAGAUGUGGGACGAGACACGACUGCGUAAGAUCACUCUUAAGCAGCUGGGGCUGCGGAUCCAGCUGGGUCAUGCAGUCGGCGACUUAUGCGCAAACCCACAGAGAGCGUUCGGCGACGACUUCGUCGUCCUCGAUGUUUCUGGAAUUCAUGAAGUGGCCCUCGACUACUGUGGUUGCGAGGGUGAAGAAACAAAGCCCACUCAGCUGCUACGGUCGAAGCUCUUUCCUGCGACGAGCGUGGAUCCGAAGACGGCGGCAACCUUUCGUCUAAUGGAGCACUACCACGUCUUGCACAACCAAACGAAGACGUCCGGUUUUGAGUUCUACAACACUCUCUCGCGGUUGACGGACAACACAGGGACAUUGGACCAGAAGGGUCGAUAUGGCAGUCUCAUGCGCAUGGCACGCAUGUGGAUCCAUCUCAAAAUGCUCAAGCGAUUCGGCCGUGGGCACGAUCCAGGUGGUGCCAGAGCCACCGAACCUGGCUCCUGUGCGGUCGCCUGUCCCGCCUGCCCGCAUCCCGGAAUCAAUCUCCCGUCGAACUGGGAAGAUGCGCCGCCAGAGAAAAGCUGGCUCUAUCGCCUCUUUGUCGGCAUAGACGCAAACUUCCGGCUGAAGCGCAAGGACGUGUCUACAGACGCCGUCGAUCCCGGACUUAACAGGGGGUAUGCGUACUUUGUCGAGGAGAAGGCGUACAAGGCGUUUUUGGACGUACACGACAAGCACGAGACGAUUGAGAAGAGUUCGUGCAACAGUCACGACGCGGUCAAGCUGGCGAAUAUGAGAGGCAGCCAGGGCACUGCUGCUAGCGGAGUCGCGACAAUCGAGUGCGUCCGUCAUGACAUGAAGCGACCGUGUUCCAUAGGAGACCUUCAGAAGGGAGAGCGAUACGUGAACAUGGAUUACCUUUUCGCGAGCAGCUUGCGCCAGCACUCCACGACACGCGUCGUUGUCUCGUACGACAUCGCCUGCCAAUGGAGUGUUAAUCUAUGGAGCCGGAUGAUGCAGUACGAGUUCGAAUGGAACUUCGAGCGACAAACAAUCACGUUCCUCAUCCCGAAAUUUCAUCUUCCAGCUCACCAAGAAAGCUGCCAUACGAAAUACUCGUACAACUUCAUCAAGCACGUCGGCCGUACAGAUGGAGAAGCCGUCGAGCGCGGUUGGGCAGCUGUCAACGGAUUCUCGGGCAGCACGAAGGAGAUGGGGCCAGGAUCGCGUCGGGACGUCCUCGAUGACGCGUUCGGUGACUACAACUGGCGCAAAGUCAUUCAACUACCAAAAACAUUGCUUACCAGGAUCAAGAACGCGGUCGACGAGCGCAGCAAACAUGUAGCCGAGUUCCAGGAGUUGACUCAGGUCACGAACUCUGCACAUGUAGCUGAGUGGAUGCAGCAAGUGGAGGCUUGGGAGAAUGGAGCCGAUUUCAAUCCGUUCGUAGGCACUCGGCACCCUGUGACACUCGCGUCUAUCCGCCGCACGCUCGCAGAAGAAGAAUCAACUGCCAUCAACGAUGGAACACUUACUAUGCUCCAUGUCACGGUGUCGCCAAGUGUACUCAUCAUCGCAGGCCUAGAAAUCGAAGACCUUCAGCGUCGCCUUCGCAAAGAUGCUGCAUCUGUCGGCAGCAAUGGUACGGAUUCGCAGCACGCAGACAUUGUCCGCCGUCGCAACAACCUACAGCUUCGGAUCAAUGCCUGGCGGGAGUUUCAAGAUCUCUACAUGCCCGGGAUCCUCCAGCUACGAACCGUGAAUGUGUCCGUGAGGACAGUCCAACCCGAGAACAUCCCUCUCUACCUUCCGUCCGCUGUCGUCAAUGUGGCCUCCGUUCCCCCUUACCCCGCCCUCAAUGACAUCGAACGGCGCCUUCGUCAUGCCCAGGUUACUGACACUUUGGAGCAGCUGAAGCAGCACCUCCGUGCUCGCUCAAAACUCUACGGCGUGAAGGACCGGGACGUCCGCGGCCAGCGAUACAACACUCGCUCUCGUACGUAUAUCAAUACUGUCGAUGCGCGCAUCGACGCCGACGCCACUCGAUACCGUGUUGCCUAUGCCGCUCUGCUUUCCCUUGACCCAGCAGAUGACCUCAAGUGGCAGAAGUUCCUGCGUCCUCUGAACGACAGCGACGUUCGUGGAAUGCAAGAUAGUCUUGAAAAGGAAUCUGAGGGUAGAAGAACACUGUCUUGGAUCUGGCGCACGUCGGGCUUCUCUCGUGAUGACGCCUCCGAGGACGACGAGGACGAUUUGGAAGCUGUGCGCAUCGAGUGGUGCAAAUCGCGUGCGCGCGCCCAUCGGUGGAGCGAGGAGUGUGAUCUUCUCGAGGAAGAGAUGCGGCGUGUUACGGCAUUUUUCGAGUGGGAGAGUCAGUUGUGGUCUCGACGUGCCGAGAAUGCGGCCUGGACGGAUGAGGCAAGCACCCAGUCUCCCGCAUUUGCUACCAGCCAUGAGCAUAUCGAAGGUCGCAUCGCAUAUGCUCAUCGGCAAGCUGACAUACGCACCGCCUUGGUAGAACGCUGUAAGAAGUCUUGGGUGGAUGUAGCAGAGUAUCUACAGAUUGGGACCCAACUGUAA